ACAAUUACCUAUCAAGAAUAGAAGAUAUAAAACUAAGAUAGGAUGUCACGAACUUUCCGCGCAAGUGAAUAUUUCAUUUAAUUUCUUCAUAAACGACGGCAUCUCUGGCAUCUUCCUGGACCAAACGGAGGCAUAAGCUAGUCAGAUUCUCCUUCGUAGAGCGGCACCGCAGGAGUUCGGAAGAAAGAAAUUCGCCCAGAAAUUAAAGUAAAAGGAAAAAAUAGUCAGUGGCAGCAGAGAAAAACAUUCCAAACUUAGUUAAAAAGUGGUCUUUUGAUUAUGGAGUCUGAGGUAUUUGGUCAUUGUGAUAAUCCUACAGGCAUUCUAAAUCGUAAUACUGAGUGAGGAAUUGGGAAUAGCUUCAAACUGUGAAUAAUGAUUCAGAAAGGAAUUAUGAUUGUCUCAGCUGGCCUUGCUGUGGUGUUUCUCAUCGCCAUUUUGGGAAGGGCGCAUUCCACAAUUGUUCUCGUCACUCCUUCAAAUGAGUCCAUUCCUUUUCGUGACGUUGAAGCAAGCUUUGCUCCACGAAUUUCAGGAGCUGGCAUUAUGGGGGUGCUUUAUGUUGCAAAACCUUUGAAUGCUUGUGUGGAGAUUGGCAAUCCAGCUCCACAAUAUGGACACGAUGCUCCAAUUAUUUUAAUUGAACGUGGUGAAUGCACUUUUGAAAAAAAGGUUCGUAAUGCUCAAGAAGCUGGUUAUGCUGCCGCAGUUGUUUACAAUGAUGAUGACGGAGAGGAACUUGUGACAAUGUCAGGAGAAUCUGUGGGCAUUCAUAUCAAUGCUAUAUUUGUAAGCAAAGAAACAGCAAAUAUUCUUUUGCAAUAUGCAGAUGAUGCCGACACAAGAUGCUAUAUUCUGCCAGCAUUUGAAAACACUGCUUGGUCAGUACUGGCAGUCUCUUUCUUAUCCCUGCUUGCAGUAUCGGCUGUCCUGUUGACCUUUUUCUUUGUUCGGAGGUACCGCAUUCGCCAUAUCAGUUCAAGGUUUUUACUGAAUCGUGAGCCUCAUGGCUUGAGCACUCGUGAGGUAAAGGCUCUUCCUUCAGUUAUAUACAAGUCACUAGAGUGCAGUGGGACAACUGAUACGUGUGCAAUCUGUCUAGAAGAUUACGAGACUGGUGAAAUGCUUCGUAUACUUCCCUGUCAUCAUGAUUUCCAUGCAUUGUGUGUGGAUAAGUGGCUCACUACUCGUAGGGCAUUCUGCCCAAUCUGCAAACAGGAUACACAUUCAACAAGUUCAGUUUGUCCUCCCUCGGAGCAGACCCCACUUUUAUCUUCUGUUUCAAGACCACGAGUGGUGACUGAAUCGUCAUCUAUACCAAUACAAACAACUGUUUCUAUAGACACACAAACACAUACCAGAAGUGCUCCUCCUUACUCAACAGCAUAUUCGCUGACCCCUAAUCAAAGUCAAGCAACCGCAUAUAUGUUUAUUCAAGAUUCUGAUGGCCAGAACAAUAAUUCUCACAUGUCAAAUGCAGAAGGCAUGGUUUUCAACCCAUCUAGAACUAUGUCACAUCACUGGUCUACAGGUAAUAAUGGUAUGAACUUGAGAAGCAAAAAUUACUGCAACGUACCUAAUAACACAUCAUCUUCAGAUGAUUCGGAUGCCUUGAACUCUUUAAGCCAGGGAAGUGAUAUUUGUCAAGUGUAAUAGCUUUCCUUGGGCGAUUUACAUCUAAAGAUGAGGCAUAGACAUCCAUAUGGGCAUUCCACGAUGCUCUAUUUCUUUCUAAUUGCCCAUUUUGGUAACAUGUAUAUACCUUUUUCGAUUUAGUGAAUAAUCAAUUUUGCUUGUCUGUAUAUAUUGCUUAUUAAGUUUUCUGAUGUAGGGAAUUCUGAAAUGAAAUCCCACUUAGAAGAGUAGCGUGACAGCAAGGCCCCAUUAGGGGAGUGCACUUAUAAAUAUCAAUUGGUUAUAUAGCUUCCUUGUUAUGAUAAGAUUUGAUUCAUAAUUCAA